AAAGUGUUUACAAGAAUAAGCGGAAGUUCUCCUUCAAGAACGAUUGAAAAAAAUGGAAUUUAUAAAUAAAGUCACAUGUCGAGAUUCUUAACUUCCUUAUCGUCUUCCGAGCGUAAACAAUUAUAGAGUUGUUGAUUAAUUACUCUAAAAGUUUUCUUUACAUCACUGAAUUCCAAACUCCUGUUUACCAACUUUGAAGAUCAAUUCAACAUGGAGGACAAACACACACAGACUGACAGAGAUCCGUCCACAGAGAACAGCCUGACAACGAGUGUCCUGAUCUUAGAUCUUGAGCAAAAACUGGCAAAUCUGACACACUUUAUGUACACGUCCGCUUUAGAGCACCGGCAGAAUUAUGCAGCCAUCAAUGGCCAGCUUCACCUUAUUAACGAGAGGCUGAGAUCAUCCGACCAUAUCACUGCUAUCAGAGGAAAUGUCUCCAACAGCAAUUUAGAGAGAGAGUUGUUACGAUGUAUUAGCAGAGAAAAGUCCAAAGCCACCGAUGAUCAAGAGAAGAAUGACUUGAGUGGAAGCGAGACUAUUCACAGAGAAUGUCUGAUGGAAAAGAUCGAAGAGAUGGUAAGAGACAUGGAUUUGAAUAACACACAGCUUAUGGACGAAUUGCUUGACAACGAAUGCUUAACACAAGACGAAGCUUCCGACAUUUCACACAUCAGCACAAGGAAAGACCAAAUACGCAAGCUUAUUGUGCUUUUUGCCAAAAGAGGACGAGGAAAUUUUGUCAAAUUCCUGGAAGUGAUUGGAAGAAAGCACCAAUAUCCUCAUAUUGCGAGAGAACUAAGAAGAAUUUACGACCUGAAAACCUCGGAGGGUAGAAGUUCUGAAUGUCUGUUGUGCGUCAUCAAACGUGAUGUAGAUAUACGUGACGUUGUAGAUCACCUUUGUCGUCAUCAAAUCAUUGACAUAGAAUUCUUGGACCUUGUCAUUUCAGGACAAACUGGGAACCAAAACAGUUUGUGGGAGAUAGUGUUUUCUAAUAUAGAUAAAUCAUCUAACAGAAAACAGAAAAUUCAAUACCUCCAAGAAGCACUGUCCAAAAAAUAUGACAAACUGGCGUCGAAGCUAGGUUUUCUUGUCCCAGCUCAACUUGGGAACCAUAUUUGUUCUAAACCUAUCACAAAUUUUUCGCAAUCAUGGCGAAGCACUGGUUCAACUGUGAGCAGUAUUGGUGACAGAAGCACAACCUCAGAAGUUCCCAGAAACUUAAACUUAGGAGAACAUGCAAAAACUUCUUCAUAUGACGAGCUUCAGGGUUACACAAGUACCAACAUUCCUAAGUGUAUAGAUUGGUUAAACACACAACCAUCGCCAACUACAAGUUCAGAUGAUGACAUAAAAUCACCUACUCCUGAAAGUAUUGACAGUGGGGUGGAAUCUGCUGUAAAUGGUAAUAGUUUACACACAGAGCAGGAAGAGAAGGUUACUAUAGAUAACAUGGAGGAAGGUUCAGAACAUCGAUUGUUAAAUAAAACUAGUUAAUUCCACAAUUAAGGAAGUAAGGAAACAGCCGACUGACUUGAUCAGACCAAGACUUUUAACGGCAUAGACAACCCCUCUGAAGGAUAUGGCAUAAUAAGUGUGUGUACCAAAAGGUUGUAUCAGCAAAGAGGUCCAUUAGCCGUAUGUCUCACCUGAAAAGGUUAGCUAGAAAAAAGCGCAAAUCAGUUCAGUAUUGAAAAAUUUACGGAGGGGGAAUGGCUUGAAUUUUGCACUACCUGAGUAUGCUGCCAUUUCAAAAUAACUAAUGUCUUUGCAGAUGUUUUCCCCUAUAUAUCCCUAAUUAAGACUUCAAUCUUCCUAUUCAGUAUUGUGGUCCACCUCUACCCGGGGCCACGGUUUGAACAAAUCUGAAUGUACAUGUACUUAGUACAUGAAAAUGUUUCCAUAUUAAUAUGACCAAACAGGACUUUGUUGUUCAUGAGAUGAAGAUUUUUAAAGAUUUUUUUCUAUAUACUGGCAUUUCCCUCGCAAAACUCGUAAAAUCUUGAAUCUAUCAUAGGUAAAGAAGGUUUCCUAUACGUAAGUUUAAACGUUUUGGCCUAGUUCUUGAGAAAGAAAAUCUUAAAAACAUUACACAUUUCUGAAUAAUUUCCCCUCGAAGGAUGGUGUGCCCUAUUAUUUGAAUAAAAAUCUUUCACUAAAAGAUGCUUUGUGGUAAAUUGGUUGAAUUUACCCAAUGGUUCUGAAGAAGAAGUCGAAUAUGUGGAAGAGUUAUACAGAUGGACGGACAACUUGAAGUCAAACGGACAGCUAGACAGACGGACUACGGACAAAAAUGUGAUCAGAAAAGCUCACAUGAACUUCCAGCUCAGUCGGG